AUGGCGCAGGCGGACGGUGAAGGGCGGGAAGCGGGAAAGACGCAGAAGCCGCGAGAGGGCGUAGACGUUGAGAAUCCGAGCCUGAAUGGACGAACCUCUGCCGAGCCUGACGAUCCCGCGUUUCGUGCUCUAUUUGCGACACAAAAGGAGCAUCUGACGUGGACUGACACGGGCCGCUUGCGCUGCUCGCUGACUGGUCACGAAUUCCCUCCAACCCACGAAUCGCUGAAGCGACACGUGGCAAGCAAAGUCUUUGCCAAGGCGGCCGCGUCGCUCGCGCUGCGGAAGUUCGAGCCGCACGUCGUGCAGUCACCGGAUAAUCCCUUCCUCCCACCCUUGAUCCCCCAUGUACACCUUGUCCCCUUGUCCCCUUGUUCCCCUUGUUCCCCUUGUUCCCCUUGCGCCCUUUGCGCCCCUUGCGCCCCUUGUUCCCCUUGUUCCCCUUGCGCCCCUUGUCGUGUGGUGCGCGCAGCCAAGAAGGAGCAGGAGGCGGCAGCGCGGAGAGCGGCCAGAAGGGCAGAGCAGGCCGCAGCAAGCCAGCCCGCGACUGGGGGGACGGACGUGGGUGGGGGUGCGGGGGAAGGCCGGGGGGGAGAGGAGGGGGAGGAGGUGGAAGAGGGGGAGGAGGUGGAAGAGGGAGAGGAGGUAGAGGAGGGGGAGGUGGUAGAGGAAGGGGAGGAAUGGGAGGAGGUAGAGGAGGGGGGGGAAGGUGAGGAAAUGGAGGAGGAAGUGGAGGAGGAAGAGAGAGUAGGGGAGGAGAAAAAAGUGGGGGAAGCGAGUGGGAAAAGGAAGAUCACUGAAGAAAAAGCUGAGUGCAGUGAUGGGGAGACAGAGGAUGACAGUGGGGAGGACAGUGAGGAGGAAGGGGAUGAGGAGGAUGAGGAAGUGGAGGGGGAGAAGGGGGAGGGGGAUGAGGGGGAGGGGGAGGAGGGGGAGGAGGGGGAGGAGGAAGAGGAUGGUUCAGAGUUCUGGAUGCCUCCUGUUGGCGAUAGGUGGGACGGGGAUCAUGGGGGUGGGCGGUGGGGUAGCAGGGAGGAGAGGAGAGAGGCGAAACGGAAACGAAGAACUGAAGAGGAGGAGGAAGUGCAGGAAGACGAGGAAGAGGACACAGAGGACGAGGAGGAAGAGGAAGAGGGGGAGGAAGAGGGGGAGGAGGAAGAGGAAGAGGACGAGGGGGGUGAAGAAGAGGAGGGGGAGGAGGAUGGGGAAGAUGAGGAAGGGGCAGAGUUUUGGAUGCCUCCGGAAGGUGACAGGUGGGACGGGGAUGAUGGGGGUGAUCGUUGGGGCAGCAGGGAGGAGCGGAGGGAGGCGAAACGGAAACGCAGUCAAAAGCAAGCGGAGCAGGGGCAGGUGGGGGUGGGGAGUGAGGAGGGCGAGGAGGACGGAGAGGAGGAGGGAGAGGAGGACGGAGAGGAGGAGGGGGGGGGAGCAGGAAGCAGCUUCACAGGCCACUGCAGCCGCACAAGGCAACAGAAGCGUAGAAAAGGGGGGAGGGGCCGUUGUUGA